UUUUUAAUGUCGGCGGAAGUGACCUCUCUUGCAGUCUUUUCUCUUCAGCCUCUAUUUGGCUUCUAACGUGUGUUACCGUUACCCUAAUAAACACUAAAGAUGUCCGGAGGAAUUGAAGUACUCAGCCUCAAAGAAGAGGAUAUGCUGAAAUUUUUAGCAGCUGGUGUUCAUCUUGGUUCUACUAAUGUGGACUUCCAAAUGUUGCAGUAUGUUUUCAAAAGAAAGCCUGAUGGAAUCUACAUCAUCAAUCUGAAGAAGACCUGGGAGAAACUCUUGCUUGCUGCUCGGGCUAUUGCAGCUAUUGAAAAUCCAGCUGAUAUUUGUGUCAUUUCUGCUCGCCCCUAUGGCCAGAGAGCAGUACUUAAAUUUGCCUCCUCUACUGGAUCUACCCCAAUUGCUGGGCGUUUUACACCUGGUACAUUUACCAAUCAGAUUCAGGCUGCUUUCCGUGAGCCUCGCUUGUUGGUCGUGACAGACCCACGUAUUGACCACCAACCUGUAACUGAAGCUUCUUAUGUCAACAUCCCUGUCAUUGCUUUUACCAACACUGAUUCUCCACUAUUACAUGUUGACAUUGCCAUCCCAUGUAACAACAAGGGUCCUCAAUCUAUUGGUUUGAUGUGGUGGCUUUUGGCCCGUGAAGUUCUUCGUCUGCGUGGGACCAUUUCACGUGAUCACCCAUGGGAGAUCAUGCCUGAUCUCUUCUUCUACCGUGAUCCAGAAGAGGUUGAAAAGGAAGAAAAAGAAGCUGCAGAAAGGGCUAAAGAAGAUAUCCCAGUUCCUGCCCCUGACUGGAAUCCUGAAGCUGGUAUUGUUGGUGCUCAAGAUGUAGGGGACUGGGCUUCUGAGGCCAUCAGUGUCCCCAACGUGCCACUGACCACAGCUACAUUCCCACCUGCUACUGAGGACAGCUGGGGUGUUCCUAAGAUGGAGGACUGGGCUGCUGAGCCUGCUGCUGCAGUGGCUACUGAAACCACCAACUGGGGUGGCACUGCUGAUGAAAGCUGGAGCUAAACAUGUUCUCUGUUAUGUUUCAUGUGAAACAAAAUGUCAAAAUUAUUUUAGCAUUUGAUGCAAGUUCAUGGUACAAAUUAAAUAUUGUCAAAUUAG